AUGAGUGAUAAUCAUUGUUCAUUGGAUUUAAUAUUUCCUAAUGAAUUAUUAUUGGAAAUAUUUCAAUAUGUUGAUACUUUCGAUUUAUAUCGUGCAUUUGACAAUCUUAAUCAUCGAAUUAAUUGUAUUUUGAAUGAUGUUCCUUUAAAGUUAGAUUUAAGUACAGUACGUGAUGAAAAACAUAUUCAACAUCUUUACAAACAUUUUAUACAACCAAAGAGAUAUCAAUUUGUAUCAUUAAAAAUACCUAAACAUCAAAAAUGUCCAAGUUUAACAUCAUUGAAUAUCGAUCAAUUUUCAAAUUUAUCAAGAUUAAAUAUUUACAAUCCAUCAAUAAAACAAUUAAGUCAAAUUCAACCCUUAACAUUUCCAUGUUUAAAAUCAUUAUCAAUACCGUUUAUAUCAUAUCAGUCAAAUGCUUAUCAUCAAUUAUGUAAUCGAAUAUUUAUUAAAAAUGCAUUUAAAUUAUUAAAUAAAUGUUAUUUAUCUGAUCUUACUUAUCAAGUAAUAGAUUCAUUAACAACAUGCCUAUAUUCAUCAUCAAUUGAAUAUCUAAAAAUUCGUUGGUGUACUAAACAAACAUUUUCUUUAUUAAUACAAAAUUUAUUAAAAUUGAAUACAUUAUGUGUAAAUAUAUAUCCAUGUCAUGAUCAAACAUUUCUAACACUAACAACAAAUGUGCUAACACUAAUUAGACUUAAAUUAAAUAUUGUUAAUGGUAAUAUGAGUUUUAAACAAAUAAAAUAUUUAUUAGAAUAUUUACCGAAUUUAGAACAUUUAACAUUGAUUUCAAGUAUAAAUAUCUAUUUUGAUUUAAAUGAAUGGAAAUCUAUUGCAAUACGUAUAAGUAACUUAAAAACAUUGAAUAUAGUUAUGAUAAUGAAUAGAGUUCGCGAAUAUAAUGGUUCAGAACAACAGUAUUUCUUAUUUGAACGUGUUAAUUGUUGCUUUAAAAUAGUGGAUAGAAAUGGAGACUAUGACGUUUGUGAUACAUUAUCAUCACCUUCAACGACUUUGUCUUCAUCGACCGGAGAUGCCGAUAUGACUUCAUUGACAAAUGAAUCAUGCACACCAGACGCUUCAACAUCAUCAGUGGAAUCAAAUGCCGAUUCUGUGAAAACUAUUGAUAAAAAACGAAAGGGCAAAGAAAACGAAAAAGGUCCAUCAGCUGUAGUGAAUCCGUGUGUUCUCUGUUUGGAAAGUGAAAAGAGAUUGGCAUGUAUACCGUGCGGACAUUUGUCAACAUGCGUUCCUUGUGGUCACAAUCCAGGACCACACAGAUGGUCUUCUCACUUGUCCAAUCUGUCGGCGAGAAAUUGA